UUCACCCCUCCCCAACUACUCCCUGCCCUCCCACAUACGCUUCUUCAAAGGAAACAGAGCAAACCCAGCACGAUACCCUCAAGUGCGGCCAAGAUCGUCAGACAGGCUACACCUCCGAGCAGAGCAGCGAUCCAUCCAGCCCCGCUCAUGGAUUCGCCUCACCACAAGGUGAUCAGGGUCGCUUCGGCAGCGGCGGCGGAGGGAGGGAGGAUGUGCUGCGUUGAAUGCCGCACCACCACCACUCCCAUGUGGCGCAGCGGACCUACCGGGCCAAGGACGCUUUGCAACGCGUGUGGGAUCCGGUACAGGAAGAAGAGGAGGCAAGAGCUAGGUCUCGACAACAAGCAGCAGCCACAACAACAGAACCAACAACAGCAUGAGCAGCAGCAGCAGCAGCAACAACAACUACUACAACAACAAAGAGAAGAACAGACAGAGGCAACAAGUGCAGUCAAAGAUAGCAGCACCACGACCACCAACAAAAGUAGCAAUCUCCAAGUGGUGAAGAAAAGGAGGGUCUCCAUGGGAGUGGAGGAGGCUGCAUUCUUGCUUAUGGCCUUGUCAUCCCCAUCUUCACCCACAGUAUUGCAUGCCUAACGCUCCCCUUGUCAUUGCUCCGGAGUCGGUGUACAUACAUGACAGCAGCAAAACAGACCAGCAAGCGAUUCCAAACCAGCCAUACAGCUUUCUUGGAUGGAUUAACGGAUGGAGUUAGCAGGGGAAGGAUGUCUCUUCCAGGAUCAUGAUGUUGAUGUGAGGGGAGGCUGGAUUUUGUGUUUUGGAUCCAUCUGCGCAGAAGAUCUUGCGACCGUGUCAUGUGUCACGUUCCAAUCCGAAAGCAAAGGAAAUAUUUGCUCCAGAAGGGGAAGAAAGCUGGUCAAUGGAUGUAUGUUGUUUGUCAUGGUAGGCACAUUGUGAUUAAUUAGGCGUUUGUUUUAGUUUUACCCUGAUUCAUGUCUGCUCAUGUUCUGUUUAUUUCACCAUAUGUGUUUUGUUUCCCCUGUUAAUUGAGAAUGAUGGGUGAUCAAAAGCAAGCAUUGCCCUCUUUCAUGUGUAAUAAGGAUCAAUUCAAUAAAAAUGAUUCAUUUCUUUCA